CGGGUUGAUCCGUGUGUGGUGAGGCUUACACGUUGCUGCGUCUCCUAUUGCCUGGAUUCUUGCGGUCUGUUUGGUUGGACUCGAUCCCACAGCUUUUGAAUUAUCGACAGCACCAUGGCUCGUCCCUAUGAUCUCGUCGUCUUUGGCGCAUCGGGCUUUACCGGCCAAUACGUCGUCAAGUUUUUGCAUACGGAUGAUGCCUGCCAAAGCCUGCGCGUGGCUAUUGCUGGGCGCAGCCAGUCCAAGGUGCAGGCCGUCAACGAGCGUUUUGGCGCCAACUUUGAUGUUUUGGUCGGCGAUGUCAACGAUGCCGCCUCGCUCGAGGCCAUCAGUAGCCAGGCCACCAUCUUGCUGAACUGUGUGGGCCCUUACCGCUUCUUCGGCGAGCAAGUUGUCAAGGCUUGCGUCAACACUGGCACCAACUACUUGGACAUCUCUGGUGAACCCGAAUUUAUCGAGCGCAUCGAGGUGGAGUACAAUGAGCAAGCCAAGGCCAAGGGCAUCACCAUCAUCAGUGCCUGCGGCUUUGACUCCAUCCCCGCAGAUCUGGGCACGCUCUUCACCGUAUCCCAGUUUCCGGAAGGCUCUCGUCCUGCCUCAGUCGAGUCCUACCUCCAACUCCACGCUGGCGAGAAGGGCUGCGCCGUGCAUUAUGCCACCUACGAGAGCGCUGUCCACGGCUUUGGCAGUGCCGAAGAGCUCCGCGCCCUGCGCAAGCGCAUGCCAAAGGUCAACGUGCCUGUCGUGGGCCCUCGCGGCCCCAAAUCAAGCUUGCCCCGCUUUGAUCAGCGCGUAAACGCCUACGCCCUGCCCUUCCCGGGCUCGGAUGCCUCAAUCGUCCGUCGCUCUCAGCGCUAUCUCGCCCAAACUGAGUCACCCGUGUCGCCCGUUCAGUACUCGGCCUUUUUCACCAUCUCCCAGCUCUUGUGGACCAGCAUCUUUGUGGCUUGUGGCACCGUGUUUGGCCUUCUUGCCAGCUUUGAGUGGGGUCGCUCCUUUUUGUUGAAGUACCCAAAAGUCUUUUCCAUGGGCGUCUUUUCUCACGAAGGCCCAACGGAAGAGCAGAUGGCGGAGACUGCGUUCAGCAUGACCUUUUUCGCCCAGGGCUAUUCAUCGCCUGAUCUGGCUCAGGGCAAGAAUAAGCCCGAUGUCCACGUGAGCGCGAUUGUGUCUGGACCCGAGCCUGGCUAUGUCACCACACCCAUCUGCAUUGUGACGUCGGCCCUGACGCGUAAGUUAUGGAUACCCUUGCUUCAAUGCCAGUAA